AUGCGCGAAUGUAUCAGUCUACAUGUUGGUCAAGCUGGAACUCAGAUGGGCGAUUCCUGUUGGGAGCUCUAUUGUCUCGAACAUGGAAUACAACCUGAUGGCAAGGUCCCUAGUGACUCAACUAUUAAAAACGAUAACGAUUCUUUCAGUACGUUCUUCAGCGAGACUAGCUACGGUCGUUACGUCCCACGUGCUGUUUUCGUAGACUUGGAACCUUCAGUUAUUGACAGACUGCGGACUGGCUCUUAUAAGCAGUUGUUCCAUCCAGAACAAAUGAUAAGCGGGAAGGAAGAUGCUGCUAAUAAUUAUGCCCGUGGUCACUACACAGUUGGUAAAGAGUUGGUUGAUGAGGUUCUAGAUCGUAUUCGGAAAUUAUCUGAAAGGUGCACAGGACUCCAAGGUUUCUUAGUGUUCCAUUCAUUUGGUGGAGGGACGGGAUCUGGUUUUACAUCUUUAUUAAUGGAGCGUCUUUCCGUCGAUUUCGGUAAAAAAGCUAAGUUGGAGUUUGCUGUAUAUCCAGCCCCUCAUAUCUCAACAGCUGUUGUUGAACCAUACAACUCUAUUCUUACUACACAUACAACGUUAGAACACUCAGAUUGUGCCUUUAUGGUUGAUAAUGAAGCUAUUUAUGAGAUAUGUCGACGAAAUUUAACCAUUGAUCGACCAACAUACAGCAAUCUUAACCGAUUAAUUGGACAAAUUGUCAGCUCCAUUACUGCUUCUCUUCGAUUUAGUGGUGCUUUGAACGUGGAUUUAAACGAGUUUCAAACCAAUUUGGUUCCUUAUCCCCGUAUCCAUUUCCCAUUAACAACAUAUGCACCCAUUAUAUCAGCAGAAAAGGCAUUCCAUGAACAACUGAGUGUUUCCGAAAUUACCAAUUCAUGUUUUGAACCUGCUAAUCAAAUGGUCAAGUGUGACCCAAGAAAUGGAAAAUACAUGGCUUGUUGCUUGUUAUACCGAGGUGACGUUGUUCCGAAAGACGUAAACGCAGCAAUCGCAAAUAUCAAAACUAGAAGAUCAAUUCAGUUUGUUGAUUGGUGUCCCACCGGUUUUAAAGUUGGAAUUAACUAUCAACCACCCACUGUUGUUCCUGGAGGAGAUUUGGCCAAGGUACAGCGCGCAGUUUGCAUGCUUAGCAAUACUACUGCGAUUUCAGAGGCAUGGGCUCGUUUAAACCGCAAGUUUGAUCUCAUGUACGCGAAACGCGCAUUUGUUCAUUGGUAUGUUGGUGAAGGUAUGGAGGAAGGAGAGUUUUCAGAAGCUCGCGAAGACCUGGCUGCUCUAGAAAGAGAUUACGAAGAAGUUGCUGCAGAUACUGUAGAUGCGCACUCUGAUGAUGGCGGAUUUUAA